GCGUGUUGCCAUGUUUGCGCCAGACAAACACUCCUGAAUUGUGCGCUGCGGUGUGCAGAGUGGAUGCAGGAUGCGGGGAUGUUUGUGUCUGCUCUAUGAAGAGGAGGGGAGUGCGCUCUGAUUGACGUCAGCUGGUUUCGUGCAGACGGACAAUGAGCAGCUGUGUGUACAAAUUCACAGAAUAAACCCGGGCCUGAAAUCCCGGCAUCGCUGCUGCUGCUGCUGCUAUUUAUGCAUCGAUAGAAGAGAUGCGACGUGCCGUUUCUGCAUGCUGCCUUUUUCGCUCAGGUCUUCUUAAAAAAUGGAGGGCAAACAUUUCGGCUCCUCUGGAGAAUACCUGGACCGCUUCAUCCAGAACCGAGACUCAUCGGUGGUGAACAAGUUCCAGAAGAAGUUCUGGAAAACCAAGCAGACGCUGAUCAAAGUCACCGGGAAGAAAGAGGAUGAACACGUGGUGGCGUCAGACGCGGACCUGGACGCCAAGCUGGAGGUCUUCCACUCCAUCCAGAGAACAUGCAUGGAGCUGCUAAAGGUCAUUGAGCAGUACCAGAGGAGGAUCUGUUUCCUCUCUCAGGAGGAAAACGAGCUGGGUCGUUUCCUUCGCUUCCAGGGGUCGCAGGAUAAAAGCCGGGCUGGGAAGAUCAUGCAGGCGACAGGGAAAGCUCUCUGCUUCUCCUCCCAGCAGAGGCUGGCUCUGAGGAAACCUCUGUGCCGUCUGUACCAGGAGAUCGAGACUUUCCGUUACCGGGCCAUCUCUGACACGUGGCUGACGGUGAAUCGGAUGGAGCAGUCCCGGACCGAGUACCGCGGAGCUUUGCUUUGGAUGAAGGACGUCUCUCAGGAGCUCGAUCCAGACACGCACAAACAGAUGGAGAAAUUUCGCAAGGUUCAGGCUCAGGUUCGGACGACUAAAAGCAGCUUCGACAAGUUAAAGAACGACGUCUGCCAGAAGGUUGACCUGCUGGGGGCGAGCCGCUGCAACCUCCUCUCACACAUUCUGUCCACAUACCAGACGACUCUUUUGCACUUCUGGGGGAAAACGUCUCACACCAUGGCGGCCAUACACGAGAGCUUUAAGGGCUGCCAGCAUAAUGAGGUUUCCACAGUGAAGGAUUCCAUGGACAAAACGAUGGAGAAGAAAACUUUGGAAAGGGAAACAGAGGAGAGAAGAAAUGGGACAACUAAUGACCAACUAAUCUCAUUAGGACAUGAAGAAAAAAGUGAAAAUUUGAGAGAAGAGUUGGAUGGUGAGGAGGACAGUCUGGCUCUGCUCAAUGAAAUCCUGGGCGGUUUGUUUGUGGACGAUUUUUCCCAGGAAUGGACCAAAGGGUCUGGAGACACGGAGGCGAGCGCCGGGCCGCCCGACACCCAGCAGCAGGAACACUCGUUCUUUUUGCCGUCACAGCUUUUGGACCAAAGCUUGAACAAGUCUUCUGCCUCAGACUGGACCGGGAUCGUCCCACAGCCAGACUUAUCACCUGGAUCUGGACAGAACCCCGUAAAGCCAGCGGUGAAAGAAACAAGCGGACCAUCCAAAGAUCUGUCAGCGUGGUUCAACCUGUUCGCGGACCUGGACCCUCUCUCCAACCCAGAUGCAAUCGGAGCAGCCAGCAGAGAAAACGAGCUUCACAAUGCAUAAUUCUUCCUGAGCAACGUGACACAUUUAAAAACUACAUCCAUUUGUUUUGGUUUCAGCUGCAAACUGUUUCCAGUAUGAUGAUAAUCAGUGGUCAGAGGCUGGAAGACUGGAUUUCUAAACUUCUUCCAAACGCCAAAAGAAACUAACACACAACAAUCAAGUCAGAACAAGUUACCAUAUAUAAAAUCAAUCACAUUAAAUUAUAACAAAACGUAAUGUACCAAAUUUGUUGUAGUAAUAGCUGCGUUUUCAUUAACUAUAUAAUUGUGUAAUUUAACAUUUUGAAAAUAAAUUCUCUUAAUGGACACACG